CUCAGGCCUGUUUCUUCGAGGGUGUGUGUGAGAUGAGAAAUUUCAGAGAGACCACCAGUGAGCAAACCCCCAUUAACUCACUUGGAUCCAUAUAGGCUGGGUCUGCUGCAUAUAGCGGACUUUGAAAUUCGACACAAGUAUGGGUGGAGAAAAGCUGGUGGCUUGCAUAUUGGUCACUGUGUUAUGUCUGACACUAAUAAGGUCAGUGUAUGGUCAGCACAUGCCAGAAGAACCGUGCUCGGUCCAGAUCAUCGUCCCUGGACUCAAAGGUGAACCAGGAGAGAAAGGAGAGAAAGGAUCACCUGGGAGACCUGGGAGAGUGGGGCCACCUGGAGAGCCAGGUCCCCCUGGAGUCAAAGGUCAAAAAGGUAGUGCUGGACGUCAUGGGAAGAUGGGUCCUGCUGGACUCAAAGGUAUAAAAGGUGAUAAGGGAGAUCCAGGACCUAAGGGCCCAAAUGGAGAGCCAGGCGUCCCCUGUGAGUGCACACCCUUACGGAAAAUGAUCGGUGAAAUGGAUAAUCAAGUGACACAAUUAACCAAUGAGCUGAAGUUCAUUAAAAAUGCCGUGCCCUCCCCCGCAGCUGUCGCCGGCAUCAAAGAGACAGACAGCAAGGUCUAUCUGCUGGUGAAGGAGGAAAAACGCUACAGGGACGCGGAGGUGUUUUGUCAGGGGCGAGGUGGACACCUGGCUAUGCCUAAAGACGCGGCGGCUAACAGAGCUAUCGCUGGCUACGUCACUGAAGCUGGCCUCAGUAGAGUGUAUAUCGGCAUUAAUGACCUGGAGCGAGAAGGCCACUUUGUGUAUGUGGACCGUUCACCCAUGACCACUUUCAGCAAGUGGAGGGAGGGCGAGCCAAACAACGCCUAUGAUGACGAGGACUGCGUUGAGAUGGUGUCUUCAGGCGAGUGGACUGACGUGGCUUGUCACCUCACUAUGUACUUUGUGUGUGAGUUUGACAAGGACACAGUAUGAGCUUCACUCUCAAUUCAGACAUGUUUUAAAUACUCCGGUAUUUAAGAAGGCUGAAAUUUCAGUGAAAAAGGUACAGCCCUUCUAUGUUUUGUCCUCUUUGACAACAUUUUAAACAGUGACAGCAGUGUGAAGUCAUGUAAAACUGUUUUAAACAACAUUUAAUUAUUAUUAUUAUUAUACACUGCAGUUCAAACGUUUAGGGUCAGUAAGAUUUUUUACUGUUUUAAGUGCUCACCGAAUCCGCAUUUAUUUGAUCAGUAAAAAACAUAAAUAUGAUGAAAUAUUAUAACAAUUAAACAAUUUUUUAUUAUAGUUUAAUAUUUAAAAAAUGUAAUGAAUUUCUGUGAUGACCAAGCUUACAUUUUAGCAGCUAUUACUCCAGUCUUCAGUGUCAAACGAUCCUUCAGAAAUCAUUCUUAUACACUGUAUUGCUGCUUAAGAAACAUUUCUUAUUAUCAUCAAUGUAUCAAUGUUAUCAAGCAGUAUUUUUGAGGAAACCAUGAUACUUUGAAACUGAAAUCAACAUUAUUAAUGUCUAUACUAUCACUUUUGAUCAAUCUAAGUUUCCCAAAAGCAUUGUUCGCUAACUAUGGUUGCAAUUUCCACUGAACUUUUGGUAAUGACAAAACUUGUGACCAUAGUUGCUUUUGGGUAACAUACUCUGAUGUGUCCUAAUAAAAAUGUGUUAAUUUAAUAAAAAAACUAAAAUAAAUGAAACGCCUUACCCCAAAUUUAUGAAAAGUAUUGUACACGCAUUGUGAAAAGUAUAUACUAAACUACAUUUAUUUGUAAUCAGUUAAAUAAAUGAACAAGAAGUCUUAUUACCUUAUAAUAUUUCAGAUUCCACUGAUUUAACCUUUUUUUGGCUUUUCUCUUUAACUACCUUUCUUCCCUGCCAUUUGAAUUUGAAUUACAUAGUUUAUUAUUAAUAUACUGAAUAGGUCAUCAUACUCCUAGAACAACUGCUAACGAGUAGAUUUACAUAACACAUAGUCUUCUAGACUGAACUGUAGUGUUGGGGCUAGGAACUGUAUUUUUAAUGGUCAAACUAUUUAUUCUCCUUGGGUAAAAUGACUUAAAUUACUAUCCCAGUUUACCAGUAGUGCAUCAUCCCAUUUAUUUAAUACAUCAUUGGCAGAAUGGGACAGUGUCAAGGUCGCACGAGAGAGAGAGAGAAAAUGGGAGAAUAGAAGAUAUUUAUUGUAUACCAUAUCAAAAUAUAACACAGUAACCAACUAACUACCCAUCAAAUCAAGUUAAUUUAUUACCUUAACUUGUUUUGAGGUAAUACAUGUGGUAUGAAAUGCCCUAUGAAAUGAUAAAGAAGCUUUUUUGUGUCGUCAUCACAGUAGAUUAGGAUCAAUUUAAUUCAGUUGUUAUCAACAGAUGAAAAUACACAAACAUAUAGACACAUUCCCAUAUUCCUUUAAUGAUGAUACUAUAUAGGGGAGACCGUGGUCGGUUUUAACAUUUUUUUAUAUUUCUAUCUGUAUCUAAGAGUUCUUUUAAGCCUGUGGGGAAAAAAAUGUGAUUCAAACUAGUAACAAGUGUCUGCUAUUAAAUGUCAGAGUAGUUAUCUUUGCAGCACAAACAGAAAAUGCUAACACAAGGAGUGAAAUGUUAGGUUACCCUGAAGUCUGGGUUAGUUGUAACAUACCCUGGGGUGAGAUUUAACAUUAUGCAUUAAGGAUUAUUACAAAAAAUGGAUUUUGAACAUUUUUUGUUCAACACUGACAUUUCAGUAUAAUUGGUAUGUGUUUGUGUGUGUGUGUGUGUGUGUGUGUG